GAAAAAGCCAUUUAUCUUCCUUCGCCGAUUGACUUUUCUUUGCCUUCGUUCUUCGCCUCCUCGCCACUUCAAACUCGUGCGUGCGACGUCGUUCGAGUAGCUAGCUCCCACAAUUCAUUCUGCCCUCUCUUGCCAACAUGGCCAAAAUCAUCUCCACCACGCAUCAAGUGCUCCUCGCCGUGCUCGGCCUGCUCUCGACGAUCGCCGCCGUGUACGCCUUGGCCGAAGACACGUACCUGUCCUCGUCGCCGCGCUUGGACGUGGCCAACGUGUUCUUGCGUCUGUACCAGCUCUUCUUUGCGCUUGUGCUUCUAUCGACCGCCGCGCUGGGCUGGAAGGUGCCACUCAAGUGGUUCUCGUUCCUUGAAUCGUACGUGGGCUCGGGUUUGUUUGUCAUCUUCCUCGGGUUCUACACGUACCGCCUCCUGAACGACUACGGCCUGUACUCUGCGUGGAUCCACUUUGUUGUCGGCGGUGUGUUUGUCGUGUACGGUCUGUUCGCUGGUGAGCAAAAGGCCGAAUACACGCCCAUCUUGCCGCAGUAAACAACAGUAUGUGCACAAGGACAUCUCUUGGAACGGCAUUCGCAGCAUCAAUGUCGUGAAGUCUGGUUCGUAGUCGAUUAACUAUUAACAUCGUAUUACGUGUUCAUUCAGUGUUCAAUUCUCAA